CCCAUCCCCUCUGCCCCAGGCGCCCGCGAGCAGAGCUGGGCUCUCUCCACAAAAGCCUCCUGGGCUCGGGCAGGGUUCCGGUAGUUCGGUUCCUUCUCUCUUCGCCCCGUCGUCUCGCCCGCCGCCAGUCAUGGCCCCGUCUUUCCGGCCCAGCCGAAGCCGCUCCGGGCGGGAGGAGGAGGACUUCUGGGAGGCGAAGGGAGACCGAAAGGCCAGGAAGCCGCUGGUAGAGAAGAAGCGGAGAGCCCGGAUAAACGAGAGCCUGCAGGAGCUGCGCUUGAUCCUGGCUGACGCCGAGUUUCAGAUGAAGAUGGAGAACGCAGAGGUGCUAGAGCUCACGGUGAAGCGAGUGCAAGGCGUCCUACAGAGCCGCUCCCUGGAAUCGGACAAACUCCAUCGGGAGGCCAGUGAACGCUUUGCGGCCGGCUACAUCCAGUGCAUGCACGAGGUCCACACCUUCGUCUCCACUUGCCCGGGCAUUGAUGCUGCCAUCGCCGCCGAGCUCCUCAACCACCUGCUGGAGUCCAUGCCCCUGAAUGAAGGUGCCAGCUUCCAAGCCCUGCUUGGAGAUGUUCUGGGGGAGGCUGCAGCAGCCGGACCUGGGGGCAGCCUGUGGCCUGGGGGAGACGGUCUGGCCUCCCCCGGGGGCCCCUUGUCCCCCAGUGAGGACAUUUGCUCUGACCUAGAAGAGACCUCAGAGGUAGAACUGAACCAGGUGGCCCAGGAAGGGCUGGACGCUGCCCUCUGCGUCCCCAGCGGCCUGGCCUCCUCUGCUGUUUCCAAGUGCAUGUGGAGACCUUGGUGAUAAGCUGAGGGAGGGAGCUCUCCGAGCUACCUCUUGGGUGCAAGGGGGAGGGGAUGCAUUUGGCUGUCUCCCCUUCCCUCUUCUCUCCCUCCCACUCCUCCUCCUUCCUUUCCCUGGCCUCCUGCUAUGUUCUGGGCUGGACACAUUGGCCGGAUCCUAGAUAUGUGUGUCUGUCUGUCUAGUGUGUGCAAUUGCAGGCACCUACAGAGAUCCAGGGCCAGAGGGCUGACAGGUCCAUGCAGUUGAACUUCCCUUAUGCCUUUUGUGUGUUGGGGGUGGGGGGGGGAGGAUUUCAUUUUGUAUAUUUUUCUUUAGCUUUUUUUGGUUCCAGCUUUUUAUUGUGGGGUGGGGAAUGGGGCACCUACUAGUAGCAGGCCAGGAAAGGGCCCAGUUUAAAGUUAGUUCCCCACCACCCCAAAGCCAAGGUCUGGGAAUCAGCUACCGUUUUCUGCUUUUGACAGGGCAGUGGGCAAGGGAAUAUGGUCUGGGGUGGCUAGGGAAACUUAGGAACCUGUGAACUGACUUAACAUUACACAUCACCCAAGUGUCCUAGAGAAAGAAGCACACACAAUCCCAGCCAGGGCUUGGUAUUUACCUACUAGUCACUCAUUUAGUCAUUCAACAAACAGUGCUGAGUUGAGGGAAGGAGAGAGUAAUGGCAAAGGCCCUGCCCUCCAGGCACUUACAUUCUAAUGAUGGAUAGGGUGCUCUGCUCUUUUUUCCUGCCAUUAGUGAAGGGGAAGGCUAGAGAAAGCAGAGAAGGAAAGAAGAGAUGCACAAUUCGGCCACAACCCACCCCCACCCCCUCCUCUGGGCAGGGGGCCUGGUGAGAAAAGAGCCUUCAGAGUGGUUUGCACUAGGCAGACUUUGAAAUCAUAUAUCUUAAGGUACUACCACCUUCAAAAUUUUUCUUUUAAUAAAAAAAUGGAACUUAGGGAGCAUGGAUGGUCCAUUUAAGAAGUUCCUGAAUUCAUUAUUGGAUGUGUCUUUUAUUGAGGAAACUGAGAGACUCAGCACUUAUUUCCUACACAGGUGUGGCUGUUGUGUGUUGGACCCAAGUGUUCUCUUUUUGAAAUUUUAAUGCUCAGAGAUAGGUCAGAGAAAACUGCAUUGCUGGAGAUUGAGCCUUGGGAGGAGGUGCUCAAAGGGCCUCAAAUUGUAAAUAGAAUUCCCUUGACCUCACUUAGGAAAAGGGUCCAGUACUUCCAACUUUGUUUUGGGAUUCCCAGGAAGUCCCAGCCUCUGCCUUGAAACAUACUGCAUUCCGUGUCUAUCUCUACCGCUCAUCCCAAGAUACUAUAGGGGCCCAGAGAGACUCUGUGUGUGUGUGUGUGUGUGUGUGUGUGUGUG